UUGGUCUCCUCAAACUUCUUCCUUUUCUCUCUUGAGUCUUUUUCCUCUUAGAUAACCUCGAGAGAAAAAAUCAAGCUCAAGAGAAAAAAGGAAGAACAUCCAAGUUAGUUGAUCAUAUAUGGCGCCUGCUUCAUUGCCGCCCGGUUUUCGUUUCCAUCCAACUGAUGAAGAAUUGGUGGCUUAUUACCUUAAUAGGAAGAUAAAUGGUCGUAAGAUUGAUCUAGAGGUUAUUGCGGAAGUGGAUCUCUAUAAAUGCGAACCUUGGGACUUGCCAAGUAAAUCUCUAUUGCCGAGCAAGGAUUUGGAGUGGUACUUUUUUAGCCCUAGGGAUCGGAAGUACCCUAAUGGGUCAAGGACAAACCGUGCAACGAAGGCGGGUUAUUGGAAGGCCACGGGAAAAGAUCGAAAGGUAAACUCUCAAAUGCGAGCGGUGGGGAUGAAGAAAACAUUGGUUUAUUAUCGAGGAAGAGCACCUCACGGUCAUCGAACUGAUUGGGUUAUGCAUGAGUAUCGCCUUGAUGAGAGGGAGUGCGAAGUUGUUUCUGGCUUGCAGGAUGCCUAUGCACUAUGUCGAAUAUUCAAGAAAACAGCACCACCCAGCCCACCGAAGAUUGCACCACAAUAUGGUUAUAACACAAAUAUGACGAGUGAUCAACAGUCCUCAAGCAUCGACAUUUACACAGACGGAAGAUGUGAUGACUUUGAAAGCUCUACUGCUUACUCGGUGCCCAUUGAGAGAUCAUGCUCAACCAAUAACUUCGCUCGAGGCCAUGCUUCAUCUUCUUCAUCACAUCGCAAUAUGGGUGAUGGCCAAUGGUUGCACUAUCUAAAUGAUCAAAAUGAUUUUAGCUUCCCAACACCGGCUUUUCAAAAUUCUGCCUCCCUUCCAUAUCCGCCUUCCAAGGUUGACAUUGCUAUAGAAUGCGCGAGAAUGCAGCAUCGUUUCACCUUACCUCCUCUGGAAGUAGAAGGAUCUCCAAAUUUUGGAGCAACAAAUCUAUCUAAUAUGGGAAUACGUCAAUCAUAUUAUAACAACAAUGGCAAUACAAAUACCGGAGGAGAUAUUCUAGACGAAAUCCUUUCAGUAGCUCAAGCUCAACAUGAUCUCAUAAAUCACCCUAACAACACUACUACUACCCCAGAUAUGAUGCAAAGCUAUAACAACAACAACUAUGGUAACAUAAUGAACCAGCAACCGAGUUCUAUGAGGCCGAUAAUGGAGAACUCAUGGGAGGAUAUGAACACGAGGUUGGUUGGAAUUGGAGGUGUUGAUGAGUUGACAAAAACAGAAAGGAUGGUGGAUUUUUCGGAUUUGGUUGUUUUUGAUGAACGAAAUUCGGACAAGGAUUUGAGGGGGGAGUAUGGCAUAGUCCCUAUAGAAAACACUUCAACUUUAUUCCACGGGGAGCUCGACAUACAAGAUGAUCCAAACAAGAGCUUCAUCAACGACAACGAUUUAGACAACUUCUCAAGCACACCAAGCUUCGAGGUGUUCGAGGAGGUGGAGGUUAACCAAAGCCUAUAUGUUUCAUCCCAGUGGUUAGCUGAGACACGGUUCCACCACGUACAGCCAACUAAAACAGUUCAAGUAUACUUACAACGUGCCAUAGGAUUAAAAAACACCAGCAACGAUGAUUCGUUUCAAGUCGAUAGUAAGUCUUCAUUUUUCGAGAAAGUGGCAGGGUUUGCAAGGAACAAUCUCAAUGGAAGUGCAAAAUCUACACCAAGAAUGAUAACCAAAACUACGGCUUAUUGCUACGCUAACAAGGUAGAAGGGAUCAUGUCAAGUUGGUUAGUGAAUAGGGUUUGGCCUUCACUAACUGUUAUUUUGGCUCUUUGUAUGUACCAUUUGGGCUAACCAUAUUAUACACCCUUAACCUAAACCUCCACUAAUUUUUAUUGAUUAAAUUUUCGACCUAUCAUUUUAGGUUAUUAAUGAUUCAGGUAAGGUUGUUAAUCCACCUUUGCUAGGAUCUAAUUGUAAUUUUUUUAAGAGCAUCAACUGCAGGAUAAUCGAACUAUAUACUAUUUGAUCCUUCAACAAGUAA